AUGGCUUCAACUUCUCUACUGCCCAAAACCAUAUCUCCCUUACUCAAUUCACUAUUUGCAUCUCACUUUACCAAGCCAUCAUCAUUAUCACCAGACCACCACCACCACCAUCACCAAUGCACUAAAAGGUUAACCGCUAGCAUCACUUAUGCAAAGAAAAAGAACCCAUGGCUUGACCUUUUUGGUGAUCAAGAUGACCCUGAAAUGGAAUACGGCUCAAUGUUUGCCGAUGGCAAGCAAGAGGAGGAUCCUAGACCGCCCGAUAGUCCUGACAAUCCUUAUGGCUUUCUCAAGUUUCCUAAGGGCUUUAUGGUGGAAGUUGCUUCUUUGCCUUUGAAAAUUAGAGGUGAUGUUCGGAGGUGUUGCUGUCUCGUUAAUGGUGGUGUUUAUGAGAACCUGCUUUUCUUUCCGACCAUUCAGUUGAUCAAGGACAGGUAUCCUGGUGUUCAAAUUGAUGUGAUAGCAACAGCAAGAGGGAAACAGACUUAUGAGAUGAACAAGAAUGUGAGAUGGGCUAAUGAAUACGACCUUGACGACGAUUGGCCUGAGCCUGCAGAGUACACCGACAUGCUUGGAGUACUUAAGAAUAGGUACUAUGACAUGGUGUUGUCGACAAAACUCGCAGGUCUCGGUCAUGCAACGUUUCUGUUUAUGACAUCGGCUCGCGAUACACUAAGCUAUGUUUACCCCAACGUCAAUUCAGCAGGGGCAGGAUUACUUUUAACACAAACAUUUACUGCUAAUACGAUGAAUCUUUCAGAAGAUGGAUUUCACAUGUAUCGUCAGAUGCUUGAUUGGCUUGGAAGACCUUUCCGAAGCGUGCCUAGGCAACCAGUGCCUCCGCUAAAAGUAUCGAUAUCAAGAAAGCUGAAAGAGUUUGUAGAAGCAAAAUAUAGAGCAGCAGGUGCAGAGAAAGGGAAAUACAUUGUAAUUCACGGGAUAGAAUCGGAUUCAAAGGCGUCAAUGCAGUCUAGAGGGGAUAUGGAUAGCUUGUUGUCUCUACAAACAUGGGCUGAAAUAGCUGAAGCUAUAAGGGGUUAUAAGCCUGUUUUCGUCAUUCCACAUGAGAAAGAAAGAGAAAACGUGGAGGAAAUAGUAGGAGAUAAAACCAGUAUUGUCUUCAUCACUACUCCAGGACAGCUGGCAGCACUCAUUAAUGACUCGGCUGGUGUAAUCGCUACAAAUACAGCAGCAAUCCAACUUGCGAAUGCAAGAGAGAAACCUAGCAUUGCCCUGUUCGGCUCUGAAGAGAAAGGUAAAUUAUUUAUUCCUAAUGCAGAGGAGAAGAAAUGCACUAUCGUCUCGUCUAAAACUGGCAAAUUAAAGGACAUUGAUCUUGGAGAAAUCAAACAAGCAAUGCAGAUUUUGGAUUUGUCCCUAGCUCUUGCAUAGCAGAGGACUUGAUCUAAUCGAUAUUAAUUUUUCCAAUUUCAAUUUUUUUUUCUCUUUUCCCAUUUUCUUUUGUCUCCUCUCCCCAAUCUUAGUCUCCAUAUGUACAUGACACUCCAAUCAUUAGAAGGAUAUAUCAACAGAUGUCAAUUUGUACAAAAGAUCUCAGAGAACAGGGCCAACGUAUAUUAAUGCUCAAGUUAUUUAACAGAUGAAGCCAAGCAUUGCUGCUGCAA